AUGCGUCUCUCCACAUUCCUCUCUCUUAUCCUUGCCUCCAGCCCGGCCUUGGUCUCAGCAGCUGGCACCUUAGGCUUCUGUCUUGGUGUGAAAAACGCCGAUGGAACUUGCAAAUCGCGCAAGGAUUUCGAAGACGACUUUGAUGUCCUGAUGGCCCAUACGAAGAUCGUCCGUACCUACGCCGCGGCCGAUUGCAACAAUGCAGAGGCUAUCUUGCCCGCUGCCAAAUCUAAGGGGUUCAAGGUUGUUCUAGGUAUUUGGCCUGAUGUCGAGGAAUCAUUCAAUGCCGACACAAAGGCCAUUCAAAAGGCCAUCCCAGGCCACGAGGACGUCAUCGCUGCCAUCACCGUUGGCUCUGAGACGCUGUACCGCGGCAACUUCACCGGCGAAGAACUCCUGAGCAAGAUCAAUACUGUCAAGAAGAUGUUCCCGAAGGUCAAGGUUGGGACUGCAGACAGCUGGAACAAGUACAACGAUGGUACCGCUGACGCCUUGAUUAAGGGUGGUGUGGAUUAUUUCCUCGUCAAUGCCUUCGCCUUCUGGCAGGGUAAGGCUGCCCAGGAUGCCACCGAAACCCUCCUCGACGAUAUGGCCCGCGCCGUGAGCCAUAUCCAGCUCCUCGCCGGCUCCCGUGCUAAAGACAUCUACAUCGCUACUGGUGAAACCGGCUGGCCAAGCGAUGGCGGCUCCGACUACGAAGACGCCAAAGCCGGCACCGCGAACGCGAAGAUCUUCCACGACAAGGGUGUGUGCGCCCUGCUGCGCUGGAAUGUGGAUGUGUUCUUCUUCGAGGCCUUUGAUGAGCCAUGGAAGCCGAAGAGUGUUGGGGAUAAUGGCUAUGCUGCUGAUGAGACGCACUGGGGCUUGUAUACGGCUGAUCGCAAGCCGAAGUAUGAGGUUAAGUGCUAG